AUGGCGAUCAAAGUGAUGAAGGCGGAGAAGAAGCAGGCGUACGACAAGAAGCUGUGCAAGCUGUUGGAGGAAUACAGCCAGGUAUUGAUCGCAGCGGCUGACAACGUGGGAUCCAGCCAGCUCCAGAACAUUCAGAAGGGUCCGGGGGACUCCGUCAUCCUGAUGGGCAAGAACACCCUCAUCAGGAGAUGCGUAAGGUUCCACGCCGAGGCCACGGGCAACAACGACUACCUCAGCCUCCUCCCCUUGCUCGCCGUACGUACCGAUUUAUCUGGCACCCAACUUUCUGGUCAAAAGGUUCAAAUAUCUCAUGACCAUGGGCAUAGGGGGCUUAGUGACAGUGAAAGAACUCUGAAAACGGUAUCAUCAGGAGCAGGAUAUCAAAAUGGUUUUGUUGAGCUUAAAGAGCUGGAUGCUAAGACCAAUCGUUACCUACUGAUAAAUGCGAAUGGGGGCUUAAAUCAGAUGAGAUUUGGGAUUUGUGAUAUGGUUGCCGUUGCUAAGAUCAUGAAGGCAACACUAGUUCUCCUGUCACUUGAUCACUUCUACUGGGCAGAUGAAAGGUUCACAGCUGUUCUCUCGAAAUUGUUUCAGUCUGUUAAAUUACUGCAAUGUGCUAAUUUGGAUCUGAAGAUCUUUUCCCUUCCUACAGGCUACAGCGACUUCAAGGAUCUUUUUUAUUGGAAGCAUUUCAUUAAGACCUUAAAGGAUGAGGUUCACAUAGUUGAAAAACUGCCAGUUUCACACGAGAAAAUUGAACCUUUUACAAAGGCCCCUAUAUCCUGGUCUAAGGUCUAUUACUAUAAAUCAGAUGUUCUCCCACUUUUGAAACAACACAAGGUUACGUACUUCACCCAUACAGACUCCCGACUGACAAACAAUGGACUUCCAACAUCUGUUCAGAAGCUGAGAUGUCGUGUAAACUACAGAGCAUUGAAAUAUUCAGGCUCAAUUCAAGAGCUGGGUGCCACCUUAAUCUCAAGGAUGCGCCAAGGUGGAAGCCCUUAUAUUGCUCUUCAUUUACGGUGUCCAAAUUCUAUUGACAUGGAAAAAUUUGCAAUAAUAGAGAUGCCUAGUAAAACUUGUUGUUUGAUGCUCAUUUCUUAUCACGAAUCAUCAGGUUGGAGCCCUGCUCGUGUUGGGCUUGUUGCUCCCAUCGAUGUGGUUGUUCCUCCUGGUAACACUGGCUUGGACCCCUCGCAGACCUCUUUCUUUCAGGUGCUUAACAUCCCUACAAAGAUCAACAAGGGUACAGUUGAAAUCAUCACACCAGUUGAGCUGAUCAAGAAGGGUGACAAGGUGGGGUCUUCGGAGGCAGCUCUCCUUGCCAAGCUUGGGAUAAGGCCCUUCUCCUAUGGCCUUGUUGUGGUAUCAGUCUACGACAAUGGUUCCGUCUUCAGUCCUGAGGUGUUGGAUCUCACCGAGGAAGACCUUGUUGAAAAGUUUGCAGCUGGUGUUUCUAUGGUUGCUUCGCUGUCACUGGGCCUCUCUUACCCAACCCUCGCAGCAUCACCCCAUAUGUUCAUUAAUUCCUACAAGAACGUUAUUGCUGUUUCUGUUGCCACUGAAUUCACUUUCCCACAAGCUGAACAAAUCAAGGAGUAUCUUAAGGACCCUAGCAAGUUUUCUGUGACUGCCUCUCUUGCAGAAACUGCAGCUGCACCUGCUGCCAAGGAAGAAGAGAAGGAGGAGGAGCAAGUUGAUGAGUCCGAUGAAGAACUGGGGCUUAGCCUCUUCGAUUAACAUUUUAUUUAGUUGGAGACUAGAUACGAGGAGUUGUUUUUGGUUUGAGAUUUACACUGCAAUCUAGUCAUAUUUCCGUUUCAUGGUUAAAUAAACAGUUCCUAGUAAGACUCUUGCCGAGACUUAUCAUUUAGAUGCCUUAUCAGGGCCGGUUCUGAGAUUUUA